CCCGCCUGCCUCCCCGCGCGCCCGCGGCCUCCCCCGCUGCCUCCCUGAGGGUUCCCCUCCGGCCGCCAGCGCCCAUCUUUCAUCCCUGGGAGAUAUUUUGCGCACAUACACACAUACACACACGCGCAAAAAGGAAAAAAAAAAAAUCCCACCCUCCAGCCUCGUUGCAAAGAGAAAGCCGGAGCAGCCGCAGCUCGCAACCCGCAGAGGACGCCCAGAGCUGCAAGCCGGCGGGCGGACCGACCCACCGACUCGCGCCGCGUCCACCUGUCGGCCCGGCCCGGCAGAGCGCGCAGCGGGAACGCCGCGCGCGCGGAGCAGCCGUGCCCGCCGCCCGGGCCCCGCGCCAGGGCGCACACGCUCCCGCCCCCCCCACCCGGCCCGGGCGGGAGUUUGCACCUCUCCCUGCCCGGGUGCUCGAGCCGCCGCAGCAGAGCCAACUUUGGAAAAAGUUUUUUUUGGAAGACUCGCGCUUUGAGGUGCCCAGCCCUGCGCUUUCUGAUUUGGGGGACCUUUCCAGAAAAUGUUGCAGAAAAACUAAGCCAGCGGGCAGAGGAAAACGCCUUUAGCCGGCGAGGGAAGACGAGCCACCGACUGCCGCGUUCCUUUUCCUCUCGGAGGUUGGAGUCCCCUGCGCGCCCCCACACGGCUAGACGCCUUGGCUGGUUCGCGACGCAGCCCCCUGGCCGUGGAUGCUCGCGCGGGCUCGGGAUCCGCCCAGGUAGCGGCCUCGGACCCUGGUCCCGUGCCCAGGUCCUCCCCAGCCCCCCAGCGACGGAGCCGGGGCCGGGGGCGGCGGCGCCCGGGGGCCAUGCGGGUGAGCCGCGGCGGCGGCUGCAGCGGCCUGAGCGCCUGAUCGCGGCGGACCCGAGCCGAACCCACCCUCCUGCCCAGCCCCCCGCCCUGGCCGCGGGGGCGGCGCGCUCCGUCUACGCGUCCGGGGCCCCGCGGGGCCGGGCCCGGAGUCGGCAUGAAUCGCUGCUGGGCGCUCUUCCUGUCUCUCUGCUGCUACCUGCGUCUGGUCAGCGCCGAGGGGGACCCCAUUCCUGAGGAACUCUAUGAGAUGCUGAGUGACCGCUCCAUCCGCUCCUUCGAGGACCUCCAGCGCCUGCUGCACAGUGACUCCGUAGAUGACGAUGGGGCUGAGCUGGACCUCAACAUGACCCGGACUCACCCCGGAGGCGAGCCAGAGAGCUCUUCUCGUGGGAGGAGGAGCCUGGGGCCCCUGGCGGCGGCAGAGCCAGCCAUGAUCGCCGAGUGCAAGACGCGCACCGAGGUGUUUGAGAUCUCACGGCGCCUGCUGGACCGCACCAACGCCAACUUCCUGGUGUGGCCGCCGUGCGUGGAGGUGCAGCGCUGCUCGGGCUGUUGCAACAGCCGCAACGUGCGCUGCCGGCCUGCGCAGGUGCAGCUGCGGCCCGUGCAGGUGAGAAAGAUCGAGAUCGUGCGGAAGAAGCCAACCUUUAAGAAGGCCACGGUGACCCUGGAGGACCACCUGGCCUGCAAGUGUGAGACGGUGGUGUCUGCGCGGCCUGUGACCCGGAGCCCCGCGGGUUCCCAGGAGCAGCGAGCCAGGACACCCCAAACUCGGGUGACCAUUCGGACAGUGCGAGUCCGCCGGCCCCCGAAGGGGAAGCACCGGAAAUUCAAGCACACACAUGACAAGACGGCGCUGAAGGAGACCCUCGGGGCCUAGGGGCAUCGGCAGGAGUGUGGGCAGGGUUAUUUAACAUGGUAUUUGCUGUAUUGCCCCCAUGGGGUCCUUGGAGUGAUAAUGUCGUCCCCCUCGUCCGUCUGUCUCGAUGCCUGAUGCGGACGGCCAAUGGUGCUGCCCCCGCCCUCCACAUGUCCGUCCACCCUCCUCCCAGCGGCGCCCUGCCCAGCAGCUCCAGAA